AGAGGAAGCAUCUGGGACAAAAUGGGCUGAACGGAAACUCGGUUCUCCUCCUACAAUUUCCCCAUUGCCAGCCUCUGCUUCCCCGAGACUCAAGACCCGAGAGGCAGCCGUCGCUUCCUCGAGGGAAGGGCGGCAGGUCAGGCUCAGGGGGUCCAAGGCCCAGGCAGGAAGGGGGUCCGAGGUGCAUGGCAGACCCAGCUUGUGUCCAUCACUACCUUUGACCGCUGCUCCGGACCUGAUCUCUUCUCACACCCAGCGCCACCUCUGCCCUGUCCUGUCCUGGCAGAGACCCCUCAGCUCCUCGGGGGCAAACCCGACCUGGCCCAGGUCGCGUGGCUUUCCCAGAUGCACAAAGGCCUUGACACAGCUCCCGGCACCUGCUGCAUCUCGGCCCCCCUUUUCUCACCCCCUUUGCACCUUAUCUGCAACACGCAGAAGUGGGGCCACCAAAGGAAGUGAAUCAGAGACAAGGGCAAGGAGAUAAACACAAGCAGCUUCACUUGAACCUUGAAGGAGAGCCAAGGGGUUGGCGGCAAGUCCUUGGGAGAUUGAGCGCUGGUUAUCACCGAGGAUGAGAGGCAGGGCCGAGUGGCUGCUCUGGGCUCUGCUCCUUCCCUUCCUGGCAGGCUCCUCUCCUGUCACAGGUCCGAAAGCAGUGAGGGGCCAGGAGCGGGGCUCCCUGGCUGUGCAGUGUCGAUACACUCCUGGGUGGGAGUCCCACGGGAAGUGGUGGUGCCGAGGAGCCGACUGGGACAGCUGCAAGAUCCUUGUUCAAACCACUGCAUCAGAGCCGGAGGUGAAGAGGGACCGUGUGUCCAUCAGGGACAAUCGGGAAAAGCGCACAUUCACCGUGACCACAGAGCAGCUCAGGCUGGACGAUGCAGGCGUUUACUGGUGUGGGAUUGCGAGAGUCGGAUAUGACCACGGGGCCCAAGUUAGGGUGACUGUUGACCCAGCACCCGCGACAGUGCCGACCACCACUUCCGCUAUUAACACGUUCACAGCACCUGUCACCUCAGGAGUUGACUCCCUGAAUAUGACCAGCCCCGGUCCCAACAGCAGGUCCCUACUCUGCAGCAUCCACUUCUUGCUCCUGGUUUUUCUGAAGAUGCCUCUGUUCCUGGGCAUGCUCAGCGCCGUCCUCUGGGUCCACAGGCCUCAGGGGAGUUCUGGGCGGGAGACAAAGUCAGCCCCGUGAGAACCAGUAGCCCCCUGCUCUUCGAUGUCUCAUCCAGAGAGAAAGACCCUCAAACAGACGAAAAAGAAAUGUUUAUCAGGCAACAACUGAGGUCAGCAGCGACCGUGGUUCAAGAGGCAACGUGGCCCCUGUUUCAGGAAACAGCCCUCUAGGCCCUGGGAGCCUAUAGCUGUGGUGCUUGGGUCUCUGGGCCUCACUCAAGGUUCCCCUUUCUCUGCACAGUCUCUGCCCUGCUUUCUUCCUGGGGCCUCCAACACAGCAGAACAUGCAAGAAGAAAUGCAAGGGAAAAUGCCUUUCCCCAGGGCCCAGUUCCCGGAGGACAAAUAUCAUCUCAAGUCGGCGAGCCGCCUGCGGUGUGAUGGAUUCUUUUUGUAUUCCAUGGGGUCCAGGGCUUCAGCCAGGAGAGGGUUCCAGAAUUCUAGCCCCUGUGAAAAUAGAAAAAUUGUACUAAAUGCUGGUGAUGUGCCAACCCCAAGUGCGAACCUAAGGAAGUUCCCAUUGUGGCUCAGAGGUUUAUGAACCUGACAGGUACCCAUGAAGUUGUGGGUUCCAUCCCUGGC